UUCCGGGCGGCGCUGGGAGGCGAGGGGCGGAGGUGAAGACGCUGCAGGCGCACGUGGGCCGGGGUCCCGGCGCUGCAGCGCGAGCGGGCAAAAUGGUUGUUGCUUUCGAAGUGUGAUUGAUUUCUGAUGACAGAAUGGCUAAAAUAAAGACCAGAGAGUCAAAAGCUUCAACAAGCAUCCCCACCACUAAACCUGAGAAUCUAAAAAAACAGCACAGGAACAACAAGAAGAAAGUAUUGUGGAAAAACAAAGUCAAGCAGAUCGGAAAGAAAAAACAAAAGGACACCAAAGUUGUGGGAGUGCUGCCCCCAAAAGCUCCUCAGGAGUUCUCCUCUAACUGGAAGACCCUGCAAGAGCUGCUGAAACAAAAGGCCACCAGCUUGGAUAAGUCCCUUCCUGUAUCCCAAACAUAUUCCAAGAAGCACACGAUCAAAAAGGGAAACGUCAAAGGAAUUCCAGCUAUAAAUGGAGGUGGGAAUAUGGGAAAAUUCAAAUCUGUAAACAAGAUGGACAGUGAUCCUGCCAAAGUUUGUGUUCCUUUGGCUAUCCCGAAAUCAGAGAGAACUGCAUCUGACAAGAAUUCGAGUGAUGGCAAGGGAAACAGAAAGGAGCACAAGAAAAGAAAAAAUGGCAAUGUUGAGAAGGAACAAGGUGACAUAAAACAUAAGAGGAGGAAAGCUGAAGAGCACACGGAGCAGCCACUAGCAGAGGCCGACAUCUGGUUUGAUGGUGUAGAUCCAGAGGAUAUUGAAGCAGCAAUCGGACCUGAAGCAGCAAAAGUUGCUAGAAGAAAUAUGGGAAUUGAAGAAGGCAAAUCACCGCUAUCUAUGGAACAGGUGCUGGUUAAAGAAAAGGCUUUUGCAGGGCUGACAAAAGCUGUAGCCAUGGACUGUGAGAUGGUGGGAGUGGGGCCCCAGGGUGAAGACAGCAUCCUGGCUCGUGUAUCUAUGGUGAACCAAUUUGGAAAGUGUAUUUAUGACAAAUAUGUCAAGCCUACAGAAAAAGUGACCGAUUACAGGACAGCUGUUAGCGGCAUACGGCCCAAGGACAUAAAGAAAGGAGCGGAGUUUAAAAGUGUUCAGAAGGAGGUGGCUGACAUCUUGAGAGGAAGGAUUUUAGUGGGGCAUGCUGUCCACAAUGACUUAAAGAUCCUGUUUCUUGAUCAUCCUAAAAAGAAAAUUCGGGACACACAAAGAUACAAACCUUUCAGAAAGGAAGUCAAAAGUGGACGUCCAUCUCUAAAACUGCUUUGUGAGAAACUGCUGAAUGUGAAAGUGCAGACAUCGGAGCACUGUUCAAUUCAGGAUGCACAGGCAGCUAUGAGACUAUACACGCUAGUGAAAAAGCAGUGGGAAGCAGCUAUCAAAGCCAAACCUAAACUGUAGAAAAAUAAAUUCUAAAACGUCAA